GUGCAGCAACAUGGCCGCUGCAAAUCCGCCCUUGGGUACAAGCGACAAUACUAGUACUCCUUCUAAAAUAAGUACUUGCAAGCCAGAACUGGAUUUUUCCACGCCUUGGAAAAUGAGCGAUCUGGUACUUGUUGUCGAAAACAAGCGAUUCCAUGUUCAUCGUUCCAUUUUAUCGAUGUGUUCUCCCGUUUUUGACAGGAUGCUUUCGUCUGACUUCAAAGAGAAAAACGCUCCUGAAAUUCCACUUCCUGGAAAGAAGGCGGACGAAAUAGAGGAACUCCUUCGCUCUAUUUACCCUUACGUUGAACAUCGAAUAUGUGAAGAAAACUCUUUUUCUUUGCUAGAGCUUUCCUGUGAAUACCAGCUGGAUAGAUUGAAGGCUCGCUGUGAAAAGUACUUUAUGUAUAAGAGUAUGAAUAACGAGGAAGCACUCGAAUUUGUUGUUGUGGCACAAAGACACCAGCUCAGCAAUGAACUGAUUCAAAGGUGUAUGCAAAGGUUUGUGUCGCAGGAAACUAACUGGGAAACUCUGAAGAAAAAUGAAUUAUUUUCGCAGCUAGAGCCACGGUAUUCUCAACAACUUGUGGAGGAGAGAGUGAAGUACCUGGAGAAAAGACUGGCCACAUGUAAGUCAACAAUUGAAGUUUUGAAGAUGAAGAAGAGUGACAAAGACGACGAUGAUCAUGGUUCUUGUUCCUAUCGAAGACAUUUUAUGUUGAGGAAACGGUUCAGAGAACUUGACCACCCGAGCCCUUUUGACUAACUUCACACUUAGGGAAUAAAAAGGGUGUUUGUGUGAUUGAAUUUAAGGAAAUGUGAAAGAGGAAGGAGAACGAAAUUCUAAAGAAGCCAGUUGACAUAGUGUUGCAUCCAUUGUUGGACUUGGGAUUUGAGAUUAAUUGUCAAGAUUUUAGAAUAUUGACCUGGUUAGGGAGGAUAAGUUAAUAAAUGUCUGUCAACUCAGUCAUUAUCUUUA